UUGGCUCUGCAAUUCAUUUAUUUCCUCCUUCGACCUGGUUUUCUCUUUCUCCCUCCUCUUUCUACAAUCAGAUCCAUUUUCUCUCUCCUCCAAGCAACUUCUACUUCGGACGAGUUUCGUAACAAAUCUAUUGAAGGUACUAUUACACAUCUAAUUUCGGGAAAUUCAUCAUUAUUUACUUCUUUUUUUGGCUUUUUGGCUCUUUGGAUAGAUGUUCUCACUCUCCGCCGUACUUGUUUUAGUUUCUGGAGGUGACCCUUUUGCUGCCUUUUCAAUGAGCAAACCAGGUGCUUCUCCAGCAACAUCUUCGGCUAUAGUUCCUGUAUCUUUUUCACCUCCAGCAUCCUCUAUGACGACUUCAUCAACAAUCGUUGCGGUAGCCUCUGCAACUCAGCCUUCAUUAAGAUCAAAUUCUCUUCGAUUCAUUACAGAGCACCUCUGUGAAGCAACUUGUGGGUGGUCAACCACAAGCUUUCAAUCCAUCUGUCUUUAUCUCAAGUCCGUUUCUCUGGUGUUUCACCUACUCAGUCUACAUUAGAACAUCUCAUCCACCAUGGCCAAAGAUGAUUGCUCCUGGUAUUCAGAGAUAAUUUUCAAAAAUGCACCCUCUCACAUCUUCUAUAUAUGAGGAGAAAAUGUGAUAGGGACCACCAAUGAGCAUAAUAAUAUUCUUAGGUGCACCUAAUAAUUUUCAAAAUAAGAACGCUCGAUUAAGAAUACAGGACACUUAAUAUAUGGUCUAUUAUAUUGAGAUUAACAUAAAAAGUACUCCCUCCGUCCCUUAAUACUCGCACCGGUUUGACCGGUGCGAAGUUUAAGACACUUGAAUUGGCUUAUUAAUUUAAUAGGUGGUAGUUGAUAGUUGAAUUUUUUUGAUAUAGUUAGUGAAAAAUGUGUAAGGGGGUAAUGGGGGUGUGAAUUUUAAAUGAGUUUUUUUAGGGAGUGAGUUAGUAGGUAAGUGUGAGAAAUAAUAUAAUUUUGGUAAAAAAAAAUUCAUUUAUAGAAGCGGUGCAAGUAUUAAGGACGACCCAUAAAAAAAAGCGGUACGAGUAUUAAGGGAAGAAGGGAGUAGUUAUACAAUUUUUUUUAUUUUUUUUUUCUUGUUGUUAUAAUGGCAGAGCGAUUUCCGUCAAUAUUGCACAAAGAUAAGUUAAUUCCCAAAACACGUUACUUUUCUUGUUAAUUCCCACCAUACCGUCCACGUCAGCAAGGGAGAGAGAAAAAUAAUUUUUUUUUUCCGGUUCAACACUAAACCGCU